AUAUUAUUUAUUAUGGUAUAACGAAUGAAUAUAGACAAUGCUUUGUUGAUACUACUUACCUAUGCAUCAAUAUCGGAUGCAAAGCAUGAGCACAAGCAAGCUUCGACAGCUCCCCACCUCGGGGUCUGAGACUGAACAAGAGCUCAGCAUGAGCUGAACAGAGUAGAAAACCCAUACAAAUACAUCAGCUGAAGCUACGAUAGCCUCAAAUCAGAUAUUGCAGUUUCCGACGAGCCUGAAACAUAGGCCGUUCCGGAACAUCUUUUCGUUACACAGCCUUGAACUCGUCAUAGACGAGCUUAGUAUUGCUCCGAGACCAUCGGGAGCGGAACAAUCAUGCUCGCUCGGCUUUAAACUUUCACAGCUCACAUGUCUCUCCGACGUUAACUACACGUUACAUGAGCAACUCAGUUUUGAUAAAGAGUGCCACAAACCUCCAAGAAAUAACCAUCAAGCUCACUUCACAUCAAUUGAUUAAUCAUGACAAAAACCGUCGUCGUAUUAGGCGGUAGCCUAGGCGGUAUGGCCGUCACCCAUCAACUGCUCAAGUACACGCGACCUCGUGAACAAGAUCUCAAAGUUAUACUGGUCUCAAAGAGCAGCCACUUCUACUGGAACCUAGCUUCUGUUCGCGCCAUUGUCCCUGGCGUUAUAAAUGAUGAUGAGAUUUUUGCGCCUAUCAAGCCAGGCCUGGAUCAGUAUCCCGCCGGCAGCGUUGAGUUCAUUGUCGGCACCGCUUCUGGCGUUGAUCACACGGCCCGUACCGUAACAGUCGAUACAGAUGCUGGUGCUGAUCAGAAGACCGUGCUCAAGUAUGAUCAUCUUGUCAUUGCUACUGGUGCCGAAACCGUUGACCCCUCACUCCCUUGGAAAGCAUCCAGCUCGCACGAGGAGCUCGUGGAGAGCCUUCACAGCACUGCUGAAAAGGUUGAAAAGGCUACGCAUGUUGUUGUCGCCGGUGCCGGAGCUACAGGCGUUGAACUCGCGGGCGAAAUUCAAUAUGCUUAUCCCUCGACUACCGUUCUACUCAUCUCAGCUGAGGACAAAGUCGUCGCUGGAGACCAGAUUGCUGGUAGUGUUGAGUCUGAGCUGAAGCGCCUUGGUGUUGAGAUCCGUGCUGGUGUACGAUCCAAGGACACGACGGAACUACCAGAUGGCAAGACGUUGGUGAAGCUGUCCAAUGGGGAGGAGUUGGUGACAGAUUUAUUCCUCGCGACGAUGGGAUUGAAGCCAAAUUCUGGGUUCCUGCCCAAGGAGUGGCUUACCAAGCAGGGCUAUGUCGACGUGGACGAUGAGAUGCGCGUCAAGAAUGCAGAGGGUGUAUGGGCAGUUGGAGACGUCGUAUCCAAGCCUCGCGCCGCAUUCUUGAUCACGGAGGCUCAGGCUGCCGGUGUCUUCAAGAACAUUGACCUCGUACUCAAAGGCAAGGAACCACAGCCUGUGAGCGGUCCUCGAGUGGAUGCUUUUCUAUGCGCCACAGGUCGAAGUCGCGGAGCUGGACGCCUAGGCAAAGUUCCGGUGCCAUCGCUUGCUGUAUGGGCCGUCAAGGGUCGUACAUUAGGUCUAGAACGUACCAAGAAGUACGUCAACGGAAGUAUGUGGUGAUUGAGAAUGCGUGUAGUGCAAUGCCUGAUAUCCUAUUCAAGAAAGCGCCAUGAUAUUCCUACAAAGUAAAAACAACAUACCCACACCCAUAAUCUAAUUAAUUCGCCUAUCCUCUCUUCUCGUCUUCAAUCUCCCGCCUGAUCUGCUCAAGAACUUGCUCUCGUGUUCUCAAGUGAUUCUCUAGGCCCUCGACCUGCUCCCGGACUGUCUGGAGAUCUUCCUGUAUGCUCUUGAGACUUCCUCCAGCCGCGCUCUUACCAGUUCCCUCUUCCAAUUCCCUAAGUUCUCGUCGCUUGUAUUCGAGCAAUUGAUCGAGUUCCUUCUUAACAAGUGCAGGCUUAGAAUCGCGUUUGCCGCCUUUCCGGCGUUCCGCGAUCUCCUCCACCUUCUUUAUCUUAUCCUCGAGGUCCUGGAGCUUGCGCUUCAGUCGAACCUCUUCCCAGUCCUCCGUCUUUUCCGUAGAGAAAUCCGUGCCCGAGCUCUUGAAGCCGCUUCGACCCAGGCGCGUUAGGUAUUGAUCGCCGAACUUAGCCUUACGGCCAGUACUUGUGGUGUCGUCAGCCUUGGUGGCCCAUCGCGAGUUAGCGCCUGUUCGCUGGUUGUCGACUUGAUAAUCAAUCUGGUUGCGCUCAAAGCUCGAUCGAAGCGACGCCGGAACGGUACGGGGGAUUCGGAAACCCUCAUGUCGGUAGUUAAGGAUAUGUAGGAAUGCGAGACAAGCAUCCUUGUUGAUAGUCGAUUGCGCCGAGGGGUUGAUCAGAUUCCAGGCGGAUCGGACAUCGGUAUCGGGAACGUCAAGGGACUCGUAAAGGUCACUAAGCGCAUGGACUAUGAUCGUUAGCUUUAUUUCCCAGAAUUCAGGUUACCAUAGACAUACAAUCCACCUCGCCGCGCAUAUCUCGGUUCUCCUGGUAGAUCUGCUCGUAUUUGGCCUUGUCCGCAGGCUUCAUGUACC